CUAAACUUGUAAUCCAAAAUUCAUCGUCCCGAAUACAUCAAGAGAUUCAGAAGAUAAUUGGGGCAAGUAAAGCCAAAGCAAGCGCAGCCAUCCACUUCCUUCAACGCCGAACAAAAAUCUUCCUCCGCCGCCCACCGAUGGGGCUUCACUGCUUCCAAACUCUCAAGCUCGCCGCCUUUCCAACGCCUUCCACUUCCCGUCUAAUUUUCAGGCCGCCGUCUCUCAAUUCUCUGAAUCCCCAUUUUUGCCGUAACAAGAGACGACCUCCAAUUCCACUGCUCCUUCGAGCUCUCUCAUUGCCGGCGCUCCAAGCCGACCCUCCCACUACAAUCGCCGGAGAAGAAAAGGUCGCCAAGCCCCAAUGGAGAGCUUCCAUCGACUUCAAGUGGAUUAGGGACAACAGGGAUUUGGUAGCUGCAAAUAUACUCAAUCGGAAGUCUGGUGUUGAUUUGGAACUUGUGCUCCAGCUGUAUGACAAAAUGUUGAAUCUCCAGAAGGAAGUCGAGCGGCUUCGUGCAGAAAGGAAUGCGGUUGCAAACAAGAUGAAAGGGAAGCUGGAGCCAUCUGAGCGGCAAAAACUCAUAGAGGAAGGAAAGAAUCUGAAGGAAGGACUAGUCUCUUUGGAAGAAAACCUUCUUAAACUUACAGAUCAGCUUCAGCAAGAAGCACAAUGUAUACCAAACAUGACCCACCCGGAUGUUCCUAUAGGAGGGGAGGAAUGCUCGACGAUAAGAAAGACGGUCGGUACCCCAAGGGAGUUCAGCUUUCCUGUUAAAGAUCAUCUUGAACUUGGGAAGCGGUUAAACCUUUUUGAUUUCGAUGCUGCUGCUGAGGUAAGUGGAUCUAAGUUCUACUACCUGAAGAAUGCAGCGGUUACAUUGGAACUGGGUCUUAUCAACUGGACACUCUCGGAAGUAAUGAAAAGGGGAUUUACUCCUUUGAUAACCCCGGAAAUUGUGAGGUCCUCAGUUGUUGAGAAGUGUGGGUUCCAACCUCGUGGCGAAAAUACUCAGGUUUAUUCCAUUGAGGGAAGUGACCAAUGCCUCAUCGGUACUGCAGAAAUUCCCGUAGGAGGGAUUCACAUGGAUUCUAUCCUUUCCGAGUCUUCAUUACCUUUGAAGUAUGUGGCUUAUUCUCAUUGCUUUCGUACCGAGGCAGGUGCUGCUGGAGCUGCAACAAGGGGCCUUUAUCGAGUGCACCAGUUCAGCAAGUUAGAGAUGUUUAUAUUUUGCCGACCUGAAGAGAGCGAGUCUUACCACGAAGAACUCAUUAGGAUUGAAGAGCACCUAUUCUCAUCACUGGGAUUGCAUUUCAAGACCUUGGAUAUGGCUUCUGAAGAUUUAGGUGCUCCUGCUUAUCGGAAAUUUGAUGUGGAGGCAUGGAUGCCGGGUUUAGGACGAUACGGCGAGAUAUCAAGUGCAUCGAAUUGUACAGACUAUCAAAGCCGCAGAUUAGGAAUCCGAUAUCGUCCACAUGAACCGGUGCCGACAACUUCAAAGAAGGGCAAAAGCAAUCUGGCACCUACCCAGUUCGUUCACACGUUGAAUGCAACAGCAUGUGCUAUUCCACGGAUGAUCAUUUGCUUGCUCGAGAAUUAUCAGCAAGAAGAUGGCUCUGUUAUUAUCCCUGAGCCCUUGAGACCUUUCAUGGGGGGCUUAGAGCUAAUUGCUCCCACAUCUGCAUAGGGUACACUGAGGCAAUCCCGACUGUUUUUCAUUCCUUAAAUUUCAGUUUUUGUAGUCCAUACGACCUAUUUGGAUGGUGAAAGAGUGAGGAAUUCAAAGAAAUUGCUGCAAAAGCCACAGAUCAUCAAAUAAAGCUUUCUCAUGUUCUUAGGUUUUGUGGUAUGACAAAACUGAGAUCUGUUUGGCUUUAAA